AUGCCUAACCGUCAGGGAUCUUGGAACUUGAGUCGGCGUUCUACUGCCUACAGCGAUGAGGAUUACGGAGGCUUCAGCCGCCGUUCCACGCUGGAUCGUUGCGGCCCAGACGCAGACGGAGACAGCGCUCUAAAGCCUGGCGAGGGCCCAGGUGGACGAGGCGCCGGUGACCAGAGUCAGGCGGCACUCGAGUCUUGGACGUCCGAGGUGAAGAAGCUCACGCCUGACCAGCUGGCCCUGUUCUUGCGAAACUCUCCACCCGAAGACUUCCACGACUACGCAGACACCUUGCAGCAAGCCAUAAAGAAGCGAGUAGAUCACGGCAAGAUUUUCGGGUUGGCGAGGAAGGUUAGGCCUAUCUACGACCUGGUCAAGAACUUCGGUCCCAUCGCUUCCGCCGGGUCCGAAUUUUCUCCCAUGCCAUUCUCGGGCAUACUUGGCGGCAUCACAUCCAUUCUAUCCAUCAGCGUUCGCGUCGACGACUACCAGACGAAACUGGUUGAGAUGUUGACCUCCAUGGCGUCGGAGUUAAAGAUCCUCGACAAGUAUAGAAAAGAAUCAUUGUUCGAACAUGAUCCAGAUGUACGAGCGUCGCAGAUCGAGGUUACCACAGAUAUCCUCCGGUUCUGCGUAGCCGCGACGCAGAUCUUCUUCAACGACCGCGGCAAGGAGAGGAACGGUCUUUUGUUUGCACUGAAGUCCCAGUGGAAAGAUUUCGACGCCAGGUUCGGCGAGAUCAAGACUCAGUUCCAACGACACCUUGCGGAACUAGAAAAAUGGAGGAACUUGGCCAAUAGUCAACAACUACACUCGGUUGUGCGAGGCGUUGCUGCCAUCGACAAGGCUCUCGAACACGACCGUGGCGAACGACGGCAGGCGGCCACAGAGCAGGAAGAGGCCGAGAGGCGACGUGAAACAGAAAAGAAGCGUCGUCGUGUCGUAUCAUGGCUGCCGUCGAUUUCCUUCAUAAAAAUCCAAGAGGAUAACUAUGACAGGCGCGUUCCUGGGACGGGCGACUGGCUGAUGGAGCAUUCCAGCUUCAACGCCUGGAAAGAGAGCACCGAGUCUGCGUCUCUCUGGGUCCAUGGGAAGUCAGGAAGUGGAAAAUCCCAUCUGGCGUCCCGCGUCAUUCACGACCUGAGCCAACCCGACGACGGCGGGGUUGCUGUCGCUUACGCAUACUGCAGCUCCACGCAGUUGUCGGACAAGCUGAAUUUUAACAACAUCCUUGGCUCGCUGCUGGGGCAGCUUUACGCUCGACUACCCCCGUCCCAAGACAUGGAGUCACUAGAGACGAAAUCUAUCUCGGCUACCAAGGAGAGUGCCUCGAGAAGCGAGAUGAAGGAAUGGAUUCAGGACACGAUAGGAAAACUUCGGUCGUGCUUCAUCAUCAUCGACGGUCUGGACGAAUGCAGUUUUUUCGAAGAGAAUCAGUUCACUGAUCUUUGCAACUUUAUCGCUUCUCUUACGAAACCCAAGGAGUCCUCAUCGAUAGCCAAAGUCAUUGUUUUCAGCCGUCCGAGUUACGACACUAUCUCCCGCGCUCUGUCGUCAUUCCCACAGAUCCCAAUCGACAAGGGUGCCAACAUCGACGAUAUCAAGCGCUAUAUCUCCAAAAAGAUUGAUGAGAUCGACCCCGACCCGUCAGACGACCAGCGAGAAGGUUUCGAGGACAUCAAAGACAUGAUGCUCGGCAGUGCGGACGGCAUGUUCCUGUGGGUACAGCUCAAAGUCAAGGACUUCAGAGAAAUCGGAAACGUCGAGGAGAUCAAGGAAGCCCUUCAGGACACGUCAGAAGGCCUUGACGAGCUGUACCAGCAGCAAAUUCGCAAGAUCCUUACACGCACCAAAUUCGUCCGCGACCGAGCGUUGAAGGCCAUUUUGUGGGUGGCAAACUCGUACAAAUCUUUAUCCAAGCCCGAGCUGCUGGAAGCACUCUCAGUGAAGAACAAUCGCCGCGGACUCACUGGUAGUCAGAGGCUCUCUCGGAAUCUACCGCUGUGCACAGAGUGCGCCGAUCUCCUAGUCGAGGUGGACGGGCAAUAUCGUCUCAUCCAUGCCUCCGUGAAGGAUUUCCUGCUGGAUCAGUCCCAUAACAUCCCCGAGUAUUGGGUUCUUCAAUCAAAAGCUCAUAGCAUUCUGGCCGAGCUGCUUGACUUGGUAGACGGAUACCCGUUGCUCGCGUAUUCCUCUCUGUACUGGGGCGACCAUAUGCACUUUUCAUCCUCGAAGGGCACGACAAAUGAAGGUCUGAGCAAUCUUUGCAACCAAUUUCUUCAGGAACCACUCGCCCUCGAUCUCUCAAUCAAGAUAUUUGAGUUUGAAGAGUUCCAGAUGCAUCCUUUCCGGCACCAUGGACAUCCUUCAGCUCUCCAUAUCCUCUCUAUUUUCAACCUCUCUGGUCUCGCCGAGACUUCACCAGGCCUCAAGCUUUCUAUAAAUGGGCACGAUUACUUUAACCACCUUCCAAUCGAUUACGCCAUGAUUUAUGGCUCCCGGGAGAUGGUAAUCUGGCUUCUGGAUGUCUACCGCGAAGACAGCACCAAAGGCGGCGCUCUAUUUCAGAGCGCGACGGGAUGCUUCCAAGUACACCCGCUGGCCUCUGCGGCUGCGAUGAACUGGACAGACGUGGCUCGGUCACUUAUCGGGCUUGGGUUCGACAAGAACCUGGCCUUCUUCGGGAUUAGACCGGAGAGUGCAAUUGCUGCGGCUGCCGAAGCGGGCAGCCUUGACGCUCUGAAGAUGCUGAUCGAUGUCGGGGCGGACGCUGAUCUCCCGUGUCGGGAGUCUAAUGCAACGGAUUGCGAAAGCCCACUCAUGAGAGCCGUCCAGCUCGGAAAUGUUGAAGCGGUGGAGUUGCUACUGGAAGCAGGUGCCACCGUCAACUUCCACCACGAUUUCGAUGGAUCAGCUUUACAUAUUGCGAUUCGCGAAGGCGCAUCGGACAUUGUCUUCAAGCUUCUGAAAGCAGGCGCCGAUGCAAAUUUGAGGAACCUUUCUGAAAACACGGCUCUGCAUCAAGCCGCUAAGAAACUGGGCGCAGGGGGUCUCGUUUGCAUGCUUCUUGAAGCGGGCGCCGAUAUACACAGCCGAGACUUGUGGGGUGCAACAGCUUUACAUCUCGCGGUCAUGCGCGAGCGGAACGCAGACGACACUGUUUCCAUUCUUUUGAAAGCAGGUGCCGAUGUAAACAUCAAGACCAAUAGGCAGCAAACGGCUCUACACUUAGCUGCUCAGUACAGUACAGCGGACAUCGUUUGUAUGCUUUUGGAAGCGGGUGCCGACAUAAACAGCCGGGAUAAUGAAAAUAGCACGGCUCUACAUAUCGCGGCUAUUCGCGGCGCAGCGGACAUAACCCGCCUCCUACUCAACAGCGGCGCAGACUUCAACGUUGUAGCGAGCAUACAUUAUCUUGACCUUUUUCCAUUCUCUGGUUGCAGGACACCAUUGUCUCUUGCUGUCAGCAGCGAGUCUCUCGAAGUUGCCAAGAUCCUGCUUGAUGCGGGUGCUUCUAUUGGUUACACCGGCAGCGGUUCGUGCAACCCAAUACUCCUGGCAGCGGAGAAGAACCUACUAGAGAUACUGAACUUGCUUCUCGAACAAUGCCCGGACAUUAGGGGUUCAUCUGGGCGAGACGACUAUUGUGAAAAUGCUCUGCACAUCGCUGCGAAGAGAAAUCAUUUUGAAGUCACUGACCUCCUACUAAGGCGUUUCAACGAUCCUUCGUUCAUCGAUGAAGAGAAUGGAGAAGGAGAGACUCCUCUCACGAUGUCAUUGGAAUCAGGACGUGAGCUCAAUGCGUGGGUGUUGCUGGAACACGGGGCUGGGAACAACCUCCUAAAGCGGGUUGAUUACCUACCAACAGCAUUCUUCUUGGGACUCCUUCAUGAAGUCAUGCGACAGGUGCGCCACGGUAACACAGACUCGAAUCUAGAGGCCGCGUUUGAACAGUUAGCCAUUGCUGAUUUCUCUGGCCCACAACUUCCGGCACAUGAUUCAGCUUCUGGGUUAGCUUCAGGGACUCAAAAAUGUUAUCCGCCGACCCCGCUGAGAAUGUCCGACAUUGGCGACAUGAUUCUUACGGGCGUGCAGUCUGCUUCUCUCGACGCUUUAAACAUGGAGAUAGAUCAUUCCGGCGACCGAACGACCCUACGCGAAAGGUUCCUCAUACACCGGUUGGCCUGGUGGUUGAUUUCCGCUGUCCUGGGUAAUCGUGUGGAUGAACUCGUCGACGCCAAUACGGCCGAUGAAAUCAAACGGCACUUGGACGCAGAAGCCAUAUCCGUCGAUGUCGCCCACUCUCCGCCGACUUACCUGUACAAUCCGACUGUGCCUAAAUCACUCGAACCACUAUACAACCCCCCGUCCCCGCCCACCACGGAGGGAAGUUCGUCAGCGGAAGUCAACUUUGAAUACUACGUGGGUCAUGAAUGGCUGUACAAGAAGUUCCAUCACAGAGCGCCACCUUAUGGUCUGAAUCGUGCAAACAAGGACAUCCACAAGAUGACCAGCGUUCGUGGUAUUCCCGCUCGCGACUUGAGGUUGGCCAACCGCGUUGCAAUCGUCACAGGCGCUUCUCGCGGUAUCGGUAAAGCCAUCGCUCUACGGAUCGCCCGAGAUGGCUACGACGUCUGCAUCAACGACAUCGCCGCCAACCAGGCCGGCUCCGAGGAGGUAGCCGACGAGAUCCGCGGCAUGGGCCGCAAGUCGGUCGUCGCGUCGGCAGACGUGCGGAAACUCAACGAGGUCCAAGCAAUGGUUCAGACCGCCGUCAAGAAGCUUGGCCCCCUCAACACCAUGAUCGCCAACGCGGGAAUCGCGCAGGUCAAGCCGCUCCUCGAGCUGACGGAGGAGGACUUUGAGAACAUGUUCCGCGUUAAUGUCUUUGGAGUUCAGCACUGCUACCAGACCGCGGCGAAGCAGUUGAUCGAGCAGGGAAACUGCACGCCCGAAGCGCCGGGAAAACUCAUCGGGUGUUCUUCUAUCGUGGGCUUCAAGCCCUUCGCACUUCUGUCGCACUACUCCGCGUCUAAAUGGGCCGUUCGAGGCUUGACGCAGGCGUCAGCCAUGGAAUAUGCCGAGCACAACAUCACUGUUAACGCGUAUGCUCCUGGUAUCGUGGGCACUGCCAUGUGGGAUCUCAUUGAUGAGAAACUGGGAGAGAAGACGGGGGCUAAGAAGGGCGACACGAUCAAGAAGUUCACGAAUGAUUUGAUUGCGUUGAAGAGAACUAGUGUGCCGGAGGACGUGGCUAAGUUUGUGUCGUUCUUGGCCGGUCCGGAUAGCGAUUAUGUGACGGGACAGACUCAGAUUGUGGACGGAGGCAUCAACUUCACUUGA